GUGGUUACUCUUGGUAAUAAUAUUAUUACCGGGGUGUGAUUUGCACCGUGUACUUCACCGCCUAGUCUGCCGUUCGUCGGUGGUAUUGUUCCCGAAUCGUAUCCACGAUAGUAGUAUGAUGAUCACGUCCGCGCACCUGCACUGCGCGACUGUUCGCAACAGCAAUUCACUGACGAUCAAACGAGUAACGACAACUACAACGUUUCAAAUACACGGCACGACAAAGUUGUAUACACCGCGUCGUGGUGGUUUCGAUGCGAUGGUUGAGUAUCGAUGCAACUGCGACGUAGGUUUUCUACAAUAUUAUGAAAAAUGAAGGGAUUCCCAAAAUCGCAACGGAACUCAUUAUUCGAGACCACUUACAUUAACGGACAGGACUACAAUAGAAAUAAUAUUCGAAAAGUAUUCCUUAUAGUUAUAGUAUCGGGCCUACCCGAUGGCAAUAUUUUAUUAUGAAUAAUUAUUGUUAUAGCGCGCGACGUCGUCCUUGUCACAUUUGUGUUUACUGUAAUAAUAGUAAAUUGCGUGCCGACCAACUGUUAUAUAGCAUCAAUGUGUGGCGCCUGCUGUCGGGCCGAGACCCGAGUACUGUGGUGUCGUGUAGUUUUUGUCUUUUGAUUUUCAGUGUGCAAUUGGAAGGGGUUUGAGCCGUUUGUCGUCGGCGGUUUCCGUGCACCAUCUCAAUCGCCCGCGUUUUUUAAUUUACUUACAAUUUUUUUUUCACGUCGACAUGCGCACGGUGAUACGGCAAAUCAUAUACAUGUAACCACUCUGUUAUUAUUAAUUUUCGUCAAGGCUCAACCCGAAAGUAGUACCAUUCACUAAUUUCCACAAAUGUUGACCUACAUAGAUGUACAUCUUACAUAUACUCUCUCGGUGACUGGAGUAUUAACUUUGAUAACAUGGCCGUUCGUAAGCCGUUUAGAGCUGUUCAAGAUCAUAUUUGUCUGCACAAUGGCAUUUGUUUACACAACGCCUUGGGACAACUACAUUAUCUUCAAUGACGCCUGGAUGUACUCUGCUGAUAAGAUAAUUGCAGUUAUAGGUUAUGUGCCAGUCGAAGAAUACAUGUUCUUUGUCAUUCAAACCGUGAUGACGUCACUUUGGGCUCUAGUCUGUACCAGGUGGUCGCCUGCGUGCUUCAAUUUUAACUAUAAUCAAACAAGCCAUAGACUGAUACGGUGGAUACCAAUACUUUUAAUGUCACUAGUCACAGUUAAGGGUUUCCGGAUGGCCAUACCCGGACAAGAAACGUUUUAUUUAGGGUGUAUACUAUGGUGGUCUAGUCCGGUGAUCAUUUUUCUAUGGUACGGGGCCGGUAACUACUUCGUAAAGAAACUGGCCACUUCGUUGGUCGCCGUCGUAGUGCCCACGCUGUAUCUAUGCUGGGUCGACCAAAUAGCGUUGAAGGACAACGUUUGGCACAUCAACGAGAAAACUUCCUUGAAGAUAUUUCUCGCUGAGGAUCUGCCGUUCGAGGAAUGUCUGUUUUUCCUCAUCACCAACGUGAUCAUAGUUUUGGGCGGGUUUGCUUUCGACAAGGCUUACGGGAUGUCUGACACUUACACCGUCGAGUUUCCCUGUCGUUUCGGCAUGAACAGCAGCUACUUCUCUCAGCAGAUGCGAGCGUUUGCGACGGCCGAAUGCAACAUGCCGGCGCUGGUGGCCAGUGAUAUUAGACAAUGCUUGGACGUUCUCAAAAAGGCGUCCAAGUCGUUUAACGUGGCCAGCUUUGUGUUUCCACCAGGAAUCCGUCUGGACUUGAUGAUUUUGUACGCUUUUUGCCGCGUCACCGACGACAUGAUCGACAACGAAUUGAACGUGACCAAGAAGAAGCGAAAACUGGAGUUGACCAAACAGUUUGUGGAUCAAUUGUUCGUCGACAGAAAAUCUGACUACGACGUGCAAACGAAACCUCACUUGCCCCGGGUUUGUUGGUCCGAGUACGAGUCCGAGCUGACUGAUCAGGAAAUGUCUUGUUUCCGGUCAAUAUCCAGGAUUUCGUUUUACUUGCCACGAAAACCGUUCUACGAACUGAUCGAGGGCUACAAGUGGGACAUUGACGGCAAAAACGUACAAAGCGAGAAAGACCUGUUGCUGUACUCGAGUUACGUGGCUGGCAGCGUAGGCGCAUUGUGCGUGUACGUGAUGAUGUACAGGACCGGGGUCCACUUGGUUGACGAUAAGAGGCACGAUUACGUGAUCGAAAAAGCCAAACAAAUGGGACAGGUAUUGCAGAUCGUCAACGUAUCCCGGGACAUAGUGACUGACAGCGAAACGCUGGGUCGGUGUUACGUACCCACCGAGUACAUGGACGACGAAGUGGAAGAGAUGAGAAUACUGUGUGACGACAAGACGCCGUGGACGUUGGGCACGAAAAAACUGAAAAAGUACGCAGUCAGGAUGAUCGAGUUGGCCAACCGGUACCAGACAGAAUCGUUGGCCGGCAUCCGGUGUCUGCCGUACGAGGUGCGCGGGCCUGUCCUAGUGGCCACGGACAUAUACCGGGGAGUGGCUUCUGCCGUCCAGGCCAGCCCGACGUACCCAAAGCGAGCGUCCCUCGGAAAAUGGGACAAAAUCCUAGUAGCCAUCAACUCGUUGUACUUUAAAAGCUUGACGUAUUUCGCCCAGUCCUCCGAGUGCAAGUACAAUUGUUGAUCGGCGGGCGCGCGAUCAUCGCAUGCCGCUUCGACCACCACUGUCGUCGUCACCGCUGCCGUUGUCGACGAAAAGUUCACUAUAAUGUUAAUGUCCGUUAAUAUAUGCCUCGCGAUUAGCAUAUUUCUGCGUGUGUGUUUGUUGACCCUUUACUUGGGUUUUCCGUUACAUAUAUUUUUACGUUCAGUAUCAUUAUUACGUCAUAUAAUAUUAUACACUCACGACGCACAACAUAUAAUAAAUUAAUUUUAUAUGCGAAUAUACCUUUAUAAAUAUUAUUUUUUGCAAAUUGUAUACAUGUAAAUGCACGCAUUGUACAUUCAAAAAGUUGGAUUUUUUCGAAAACAUGCAUUUUAUUAAUAUUUUUUCGAUUCACGUUUUAAAAAUAUAUAUUUUAAAUGAAUCCUGUUAUAAGCAAUAGCUAUAUUUUUAUACUGUUUGAUUGUUUUUUUCCCUCAUUUUUUUGUCAUUAAGAAUUAUACGCUUGGACAUGAUUGAAUGAAUGAAACCAAUGAAACUAUAAAUUUACUAUAAUGUAUACAUUUUUUUAAAAGUACAAACUUUCUAUUUUAAAUGACAUUGGAAUCCGGCCAAGUAUAACCUGUUGACGUUAUAUAACACCAACCACUAACAACAUUUAUAGAUUUACAGAUAUUAUGUAAAUGCAUUUUUUUAUAUGUUAACAGUUAAAGUAUAUAUAUUUGAUUUAACUAAUUUUGUACAAAAAUAUCAUGAAGA